AUGGCCGAAGGCUGGAUUGAUGUUGUCGAGGCGUUUCUUACAGUACGGUAUGUGUGGCCUGACACACGGAACCAUUCAACCCUAUCUCACACCAGGCCUGCCACUCCACCCCAUUCCACUCUAUUGAUCGAAUCGAGGAGCGACGCGUCUCGUGCCCUUCACGCUGAAAUGGCUGCUGCUAGUAGCUUGACGUCCACCGCGCGCCCCCUUUCGAGCUUAACAUGUCUCGGGGGGAUGUCCGGCGGCAAUCGCGGAGUGGCAACAUCACAUUCCGUGAAAUUUCACGCGCCAAUUUCUCAAUCGCGGCGCGCCGUACGAUCUCUGGCGGAACGGGUGGACAUUAGCGCGUCGUCGCAGACGGUUUCCACGAAUGAAACCGUCGCGCUGGAACCGUUACCUGGUUGCCAGUCCCGGCGAGCGAUCCUUCUCGGAGCUGCGACAACAGCCGCUGCCGCGGUUGUCACAGCGGGAAUGCCUUGGGUACAACCUCCUGAAGCUCUUGCAGUGGUUACAGUGGCACUUAAAGACCUAACCUACCGUCCAUGCGCCAACCCGUACACGGUUGGGCCCGGAUCUUCCUUAUACAAGGCCAAGUGCUUUAAGAUUAUGGGCACUACAGUGAACAAAUCAGGGCGGCCUGUCUAUAACGCGGAUGUAUUUGGGUUUGUUCUGGAUGCUUAUGACGAACCGGCAAUUCCGAACAGGGGGAGGUUGGCGAGCAUCAAAGAGAUACCUGUGGGAGAAGGGACAUUUGAGAUCGAGAUUGUGGUACCGGCAAGCGAGUCGCUUCCACUGACACUGAAGAACUUCAGAGCUACUGGAUUUCAUGGAGGUGUCCAAAGAACAGGCAACCCUUACGACAUUUUUGAGGAGGAUAAAAAUGGUGAUGAUGAUGACAUCCCAUUCUAA